GUACAAAGUUUUGAUGUUGGGUCGUAUUUUGGGUGGUAUUGCCACUUCUCUCCUAUUUUCAGCUUUUGAAUCAUGGCUUGUGGCUGAACACAACAAGGUAAAAGGCUCUUACUUGUAUUAGUGACUGGUGACAGAGGAAUCCAUAUUGAAUUGAUUACAGUUCAUAUUUGAAUUUUGAUGAACAGUAUUAUUGAUCCUGAUGCGUAACUGUGGUAUUUUGUGUGAGCAUGAUUGCAUCUGAGAAUUGGAUUCCCUAUGUGUGAACAUAAUCUGUAGUUUUUUUGCACAAUGGGGGACCUUUCUUUCUAAAAGCCUAUUUCUUGUUGGAGCCUUUUCUAGAACUUUGAUGACGGAUGGCAUUGGUAAGCAAUUAUUUCAUCAUCAUAAUGCUUCCAGAGUUUUGCUUAAAUUUCUUGUAUCUUGCAAACUCUUUAGAUUAAUCUUGUUGUCCUGAUGUCUGCUGAUUCAUUGGGCUCUCUUUCUUGUAACCAGAUUAUAGUAGUCCCAUAAAUUCUUCCAAGAAAUAAGAAAAGAAAACUACUUAGUGAAACUGGAUCUAUAUCCAUAAUUUUGACUCUAAUAAUUUUCAAUUGCGCCCUAGUUGCCAGAAACACUGGCUACAGAAAUACAGAACUGGAAUUGUUUGAUCGUUCUGCCCUUGUUUAUUUUGCUCCUAUUUUGGAUAGGAUGCUCAAAAGAUUGUGUCUAGGGAUCCCCACUUGUCAUCAAACUUUUCCCUUUCGUCAUAUUGUCAUUUUGUUUUUCUUGUUCUUUUCUGCUGCCUUCCUUUGAUACUUUCUGACCUGGCGAUGAAGGACUUGAACCGUCAAGCUGUGGUUCUUUCUUUGUCAUCCGUUUUUGGAUGUGUAAGUGUAAGCCAACUCUAGGCAACAACUAGUUUGUAGUUUGUCCAUAGAAGUUACCUCAUUUUCAUUGUCAUUGACCCUGUUUUCUGCCUAUUUCUGCAGAGAGGAUUUGAUCAACAAUGGCUCUCAAUAACUUUCUCCCAAUAUUUCUCAGCAAUGGUCUCGUUGCUAUUGUGCCCGGGUUGUUCGGAAAUCUGCUAGUUGAUACCAUGAGUCUUGGGCCUGUGUCCCCCUUUGACGCCACUGCAUGCUUUCUUGCCAUUGGCAUGGCAGUUAUACCAUCAUCGUGGGGUGAGAACUAUGGUGACCCUUCAGAGAACAAGGACUUGCUUACCCAGUUCAACGGUGCUGCUGUGGCCAUUGCUUCAGAAAUAAAGAACAGGCUACCUAUAUCUUAUAUCACCACUCCAGGAUGCGACGUUCUUCUUGGGUUUUCACUGUAUGGUUUAUGUAGAUCAGAUGAGAAGAUUGCAUUGUUUGGUGCAAUACAAUCCCUCUUUGAAGGGUCAAUGUACACCUUUGUGUUCCUCUGGACACCUGCUUUGAGCCCAAAUGAGGAGGACAUUCCCCACGGUUUUAUAUUUGCAACUUUUAUGCUGGCUUCAAUCCUGGGAAGCACUAUUGCGUCUCGCUUGAUGGCCCGCACAUCAUUAAGAGUUGAGAGCUAUAUGCAGAUUGUUUUUGUGGUUUCUGCUGCCUCUCUUCGGCUUCCUAUUGUGACUACUUUUUUGGUAGCUCCUUCUAAGGUGGAAGGUGGAAGCAUCUCAUUUGCAGGUUGUAUCCAGCUUAUUGGCUUCUGUACCUUUGAGGCUUGUGUGGGUAUAUUCUGGCCUUCCAUUGUGAAGAUGAGGUCGCAAUACAUUCCUGAGGAGGCGAGGAGCACCAUUAUGAACUUUUUCUGCAUUCCUCUCAACAUCUUUAUUGUUUUUGUGGUUUCUGCUGCCUCUCUUCGGCUUCCUAUUGUGACUACUUUUUUGGUAGCUCCUUCUAAGGUGGAAGGUGGAAGCAUCUCAUUUGCAGGUUGUAUCCAGCUUAUUGGCUUCUGUACCUUUGAGGCUUGCGUGGGUAUAUUCUGGCCUUCCAUUGUGAAGAUGAGGUCCCAAUACAUUCCUGAGGAGGCGAGGAGCACCAUUAUGAACUUUUUCCGCAUUCCUCUCAACAUCUUUGUUUGCAUCGUUCUUUACAAUGUAUGUCUUUGGACUUUCUAUCCUUUGUUGCUCCACCUUAAGACUGCACUCUGCUCAUAG